ACGUCAGCUCCAGGCUCAAAGCUGCUGUUUGAAACUGCGCCAUUUGGUAAAUAUGGCGAGUACUGUGGUGAACAAGUGUCUCAGUCCUCUGGCUUUCCUCACCAGGAGGCUCUCAGCUCCACAGCUGAUCACUCAGUGUUGCUACCACCAAAAGGUGGUGGAUCAUUAUGAAAACCCAAGAAAUGUGGGCUCGUUGGACAAAGCCUCCAAGAAUGUUGGGACUGGCUUGGUGGGCGCUCCAGCCUGUGGAGAUGUAAUGAAACUUCAGAUCGAAGUUGAUGACCAGGGAAAGAUUGUGGAUGCCAAGUUCAAAACCUUUGGCUGCGGCUCCGCCAUCGCCUCCAGCUCUCUGGCAACUGAGUGGGUGAAAGGCAAAUCUUUGGAUGAAGCUUUGCAGAUUAAGAACACUGACAUCGCCAAAGAGCUCAGUCUUCCACCUGUUAAACUCCACUGCUCCAUGCUUGCAGAGGAUGCCAUCAAGGCAGCCCUAGCUGACUAUCGCCUCAAGCAGCAUGACAGCCAGCAGGAGGCAGUUAGGGUCAGCAAUUAAAUGGAGCCAUCUCACUUUGAGCUGGAUGCCGUCUGCUUCCUGUUGCCAAGAAGAGAAGUGGCAGUAGUCCUGCAUCACCAAUUCACUUUCCAGCAGUUAUGACAAGUACACCGUGGUCAACCCUCUGUAGCAGAGUUCCACCAGGCUUUCUGUAUUAGUCUGUGGUCCUAUAACCCUGUCUACUGUAUCUUUUAGCCUGUCAUGUAAACGCACAAUGUAAGCACUGGAGUUUGUUGGUACAAAGCUGAGCCUUAUGUUUUUUGAGAUUGUUUUGCCAGUUUUUUUCUUGCCACUUUCAGAUUUUGCUCUGAAAGAGUUAUAUUUUGACAAGUAUGGUGGAGGUCAAAGUUAAAAGCUGCGUGGUGUCUGCACUCUGAAAGCACUGGCAGAUUGAUAUGCAGUGAAGUGGCUUCAGAUGAAAAAGGGGAUCCAGUGGUAUUAUCGUAAUAAGUGUAAUUUGUUAUAUUUAUAAAUGCUUUCUUGAAAGCCUGCAAUAAAAGUAUUCUCAGUCA